AAAGACGUGCAUCUUCUGAGAUUAGAUGCUGUGGUUGUAAGCAGUCUCUGGUUUCUCCCGUUCAUACAGGGCAUUUGAAAUAAUCCUCUCUUCUUUCCCUAGGUCACCAGUAGCCGUGAAGAUGUUGUCCAGAUUGUUUCGCAUGCAUGGCCAGUUUGUGGCUUCCCAUCCCUGGGAGGUCAUCGUGGGUACGGUGACCAUCACCACCUGCAUGAUGUCCAUGAACAUGUUCACAGGAAAUGAUAAGAUCUGCGGCUGGAACUAUGAGUGCCCCAAGUUUGAUGAAGAUGUACUAAGCAGCGACAUCAUCAUCUUAGGUGUGAAAGUACCCUUAACCAUCACACGGUGCAUUGCCAUCCUCUACAUCUACUUCCAGUUUCAGAAUCUCAGGCAGCUUGGAUCUAAAUACAUUUUAGGUAUUGCUGGCCUCUUCACCAUCUUUUCAAGCUUUGUCUUCAGCACAGUGGUCAUUCAUUUCCUGGAUAAAGAACUGACAGGCUUGAAUGAGGCUCUUCCUUUUUUCCUGCUGCUUAUUGACCUCUCAAAGGCCAGUGCAUUAGCUAGAUUUGCCCUUAGCUCCAACUCACAGGUCAACGUUCGAGACAACAUUGCUCGUGGCAUGGCCAUCCUGGGGCCUACAUUCACCCUGGAUGCGCUUGUUGAAUGUCUAGUGAUUGGAGUGGGAACAAUGUCAGGCGUUCGCCAGUUGGAGAUAAUGUGCUGUUUUGGCUGCAUGUCCAUCCUAGCAAACUAUUUUGCCUUCAUGACGUUUUUCCCAGCCUGCGUGUCAUUGGUGCUGGAGCUUUCCAGGGAAAGCAGGGAGGGGCGUCCAAUCUGGCAGCUUACUCAGUUUGGAAAUGUGUUGGAAGAGGAGGAAGACAACAAGCCAAACCCUGUCACACAGAGAGUGAAGAUGAUCAUGUCCCUAGGUCUGGUCCUUGUUCAUGCUCACAGUCGGUGGAUAAGUGAACCGUCCCCUCAGAACAGCACUGCCAUUUCAGAUCACAAGAUUACCAUUGACUAUUCAAUGCCAAAAAGGAUUGAGCCCAACAUGCCUCUCUGGCAAUUCUAUCUGUCUAGGAUGAUCACCAUGGACAUCGAACAGGUCAUAACACUGGGUCUUGCGCUUCUUCUGGCAGUCAAGUACAUAUUUUUUGAGCAGACCGAGUCUACCCUGUCCUUGAAGAACCCGAUCACCUCUCCAGUCACUGUGCAGAAGAAGCAGGUGGAGCAUUGCUGCAGAAUGGAAUCGGUGCCAGAAACAACCCCAAAAGAACGUAAAGUAGAAGAUGUUUCAUCAAAGGAAGAGAAAGAAGUGGUCAUAAAGCCAUUGCCACUUGAAAAUUCACCCAAAGCUAACUUUAUGCUGGAUGACUCCUCAUCGUCAGCUGAUUCAAGUGAAGAGGAGAAGGAAGGAAACUUUGAUAUACAAAAAGAGCCUCGACCCAUUGAUGAAUGUCUUCGUAUCCUGAAAAACCCAGUGCAAGGCGUCCAGUACUUGAGUGAUGCGGAAGUGAUGAAGCUGGUGAAUGCUAAAUACAUCCCAUCCUAUAAGCUGGAGUCCAUGAUGGAGUCACCGGAGAGAGGAGUUGCUAUUCGCAGGCAAAUGCUGGCUCCCAAGCUUCCUCAGUCAUCGGCCCUGUUGAACUUGCCUUACAAAAACUACGAUUACUCCUUGGUAAUGGGUGCAUGCUGUGAGAAUGUAAUUGGGUAUAUGCCAAUCCCUGUCGGUGUGGCAGGUCCUCUCCUCCUGAAUAAUAAGGAAUUUCAGGUUCCUAUGGCUACAACAGAAGGUUGCCUUGUGGCUAGCACCAACCGAGGCUGCAGAGCCAUAUUGCUGGGUGGAGGUGCCCACAGCCGUAUCCUUGCUGAUGGCAUGACUCGUGGACCAGUUGUCAGGUUGCCUUCUGCAUGCGAUGCUGCUGAAGUGAAGAACUGGCUUGACAGUCCUGAGGGUUUUAAAGUUAUAAAAGAUACCUUUGAUAGCACAAGCAGGUUUGCUCGUCUUGGGAGACUGCAGACCAGCGUCGCUGGACGAAAUCUUUAUAUUCGCUUCCAGUCCAAAACCGGAGAUGCUAUGGGGAUGAACAUGAUAUCAAAGGGCACUGAGAAGGCUCUUUCCAGAUUACAAGAAGAAUUUCCUGAGCUCCAUGUCCUUGCUGUUAGUGGUAACUACUGUACGGACAAGAAGCCAGCUGCAAUCAACUGGAUAGAGGGCAGAGGAAAAUCUGUUGUUUGUGAAGCUACUAUACCAGCAAAUGUGGUGCGAGAGCUACUGAAGACAUCUACAGCCGCCUUGGUUGAACUGAACAUCAACAAGAACUUGAUUGGCUCUGCAAUGGCUGGCAGUAUCGGAGGUUACAAUGCACAAGCGGCCAAUAUUGUGACUGCAAUUUACAUUGCCUGCGGACAGGAUGCCGCUCAAAAUGUUGGAAGCUCAAACUGCAUCACCCUGAUGGAGGCCACAGGUCCCACAAAUGAGGACUUGUACAUCAGCUGCACAAUGCCUUCUAUAGAGAUCGGAACUGUGGGCGGAGGGACCACCCUGGCCCCACAACAGGCUUGCCUACAAAUGCUAGGAGUCCAAGGAGCGAGCUCUGAAUACCCUGGCAAAAAUGCCUGUCAGCUUGCACAGAUUGUCUGUGGCACAGUAUUGGCAGGAGAGCUUUCCCUUAUGGCUGCCUUGGCAGCUGGACAUCUAGUCAAGAGCCACAUGGUCCACAACAGGUCCAAAAUUAACCUUCAAGACAUGCCAGGCACAUGCACGAAGAAAGCUGCAUGAUCCAUUACCUCCUGCAGCAAUUUCACUUGGAUCUUAGAUGGACCAUAGCGGGAAAUCUAAGGAAAAGAGCAGAAUAUUUAACGAAAACGUUCUAUGGCGUAAAGGUGCUUUGUCACCAGUGGGAAAAGAAAGAUGUGCAGGCAACAUGAGAAGAAGACUUGAGGCAGCCUCACCCUGUGUUACAUGAAGCUCUACGUGCCUCAUGUCCUGCUUUGUUAAGUCUUAAAGGGUCCAGUGAUCACUGUUGGCGAUGUGUUUGCUGCUGAGGCAAAAGCCAAAUCAAUGGAGAGCUUGGAUCUCAUCUUGUUUGUUUUUUUACACUGCUCACAAUGAACCUUUCUUUAAAGGGGUAUUCAGCGUGGUCAUUUAUAGCAUAUCCACACAUCUGCCAUACAUUUCUGAUAGAUGUGGGUCCUGCCAUGUCUCCAUGUCCUGACUGCUGUGGACAGAGAGGUGGCGGCACAUCCUUGGCGCUCUGCAGUCUUUUCUAUGCGAGUUCCAAGUACAGCCAAGCAAGUGUGUGGUGACAUUUAUUCUGUGCAUAUGCCAUAAAUGUCACAGAUAAGAAUACCUCAUUAACUUUGAAUGUUUCUUAUUUAUGUAAUCAAAAUGCUGUUUGUAAUAUACCUUUGUUUUAGUUGAAAAAAAUAAUAAUUUAUUUGUUAUUGGUCUAGCUUCAGUUCCAGCUUUAUGGGAUUAUGAUGAGCCUGAUUUCAGAAAGGAAGAUUAAAUGUACACAAAAUUUCCCCCAUCCCUGUAGGAAAGCAUGCUGGCAGUAGAGAGGCACAGAUCAUGUAACGCUAGGUCUCUGAUCUGUCUCCAGCUGUGGUGGCAGGGCAUGCUGGGAGUUGUGAUCCCACUUUAGCUGAAGUACAUGGGUUGGAGAGCAAUGAUAUACACUAAUAAAAAUACAACGGGUCCCUAUGACUGCAUGUACUUGCAAAGCCAUUUUUCUUUACAAUCGAAAUAAGCACAGACGUUACUUCCAGCCAUACAUAUGCUGUUCGACAGAUCGUCAGCGGUGUUUAAGUUGUGAGUUUUCUUAUAAAAAAUCUUUUACUACCCAGGCCUAUUUUUUUAUUCCUCCUAAUUUGUUCCUGCAGGUGCUACUGAAAAAAAUAAAACACACCCAAAAUAUAGAAUUUCACCCACAUGAGUACUGAAUGUGACUUCUCUGGUAUUGGCAGCCAACAUUUUCUUGGUGGUCUGUCGCUACCUCAGUUAGAAUAGUUGUGACCAUCUCCUGCCAUACCAGGUGCAAUGUCGCAGCCUGUGUCAUACUCCGAUUCCAGAUUUGGCCGUGGUAGAAAUGAGCACAGUUUUAUACAGCUUUCUAAAAACUGUUAAGUUAAUAUUUAAUUUUAAUUUAAUUUUGUACCUUUUUUUUAUUUAUUUAAUCAUUUUUAUUUUCCUGUUUGUACCUCAUUACUUGUGUGUACAGUAGUUGGCAUCUACAUCAGAGGCAUCUAUUGGUUUUGUGGUGUAUAAAUGACCUGAAAACAAUGUGCUGACUACUGUAGCCGGUGCCUGUGUCCUCUUCUCAUGUUGGUGAAGAGGUGACAUCUUUACGAAUAAAGCAUCUGUUUCCGUUUUAAUAAUCCUCUUGUAUUUCUUGUAUUGUCUUGGAUCUUAUCUUGUAUUUCUUGGAACAUGAACUGAAAGGUCAGAAUUAUCUUGUAUAUAAAAUCGUAAGCUAUCUUUAAGAUACUGGAAUAAAUGUAACUAUUUUUCUA